AUGGCAGCCAACGAUAACCCACUGCCAAACAAUCAUGGCUCCUCUCAUAAGAAAAAGAUCAUUCUGAACGCUUUUGUCAUGAAUACACCUGGCCAUCUAGCUCCAGGCCUCUGGAGACAUCCCCGGAACAAGACAGACCAGUACAAGAAGCUGUCUUUCUGGACCGAUCUCGCCCAGUUGCUGGACAAGGCAGAUUUCCAUGCCAUGUUCAUUGCUGAUACUCUGGGUCCAUACGAUGUCUACAAAGGCCCUGCUAAUGUGGUCCCGGUCCUGAGCUCGGGGGCUCAGUAUCCUGUCAACGACCCGCUGUAUCUGGUCCCGGCCUUGGCGGCGGCGACAAAGAAUCUCAUCUUUGGAGUGACGGCAAGUCUGACUUACGAGAAGCCAUAUGCCCUUGCUCGGCGACUCUCGACCGUUGAUCAUCUCAGCGAGGGUCGUGUCGCGUGGAACAUUGUCACCUCGUACCUCGACAGUGCAGCUCGAAACCAUGGGUUAGACGAGCAAAUCCCUCAUGACGAAAGAUACGCCAUCGCACACGAGUACCUUGAAGUCUUGUACAAGCUCUGGGAAGGAAGUUUCCGAGACGAUGCCGUGUUGGCAGACCGUGAGAGCGGAACUUAUAUCGCUUCGGAUGCUGUCCGCGAGAUUCACCACAAGGGCAAAUACUUUCAGGUACCUGGCCCUCAUUUCGUCGAGCCUUCGCCCCAGAGAACUCCAUUUCUUUUCCAGGCUGGCGUUUCCGAGGCAGGCAACGGCUUUGGUGGAAAGCACGGCGAGGCCAUCUUCGUUGGAGGCCAAACGCCAGAAGGCGUGAGGAAGACGGUAGACAACAUUCGUGCCAUUGCUGCCAAGGAGGGUAGAGAUCCCAACCACAUCAAGAUCAUCGUUGGAAUUGCCGUUAUUAUUGCAGCGACGGAUGAAGAAGCCAAGGCAAAGCGAGACGAGUAUCUGUCGUACGCUGAUACCGAGGGCGCUCUGGCCUUAUUUGGAGGCUGGACCGGUAUCGAUCUAUCGGGUUACUCGGAUGACGAGGACUUCCGUCUGACUGAAGCGCCUCGCAUCCAGUCCAUCCUGCGUCGAUGGUCAGACACAGUCCCAGGAACAGACAAUCUUCCGUGGACCAAGCGAAGGAUUGCCGAGUACAUCAGCAUCGGUGGUCUCGGGGCUAAGAUCAUCGGAAGUCCCACAACUGUCGCAGACGAGUUAGAGCGUUGGGUCGAGGUUGCUGAUGUCGAUGGAUUCAACUUAUCGCACAUUGUUAACCCGGGCAGUUUUGAGGAUAUUAUCGAGUUUCUGCUUCCAGAACUGCGUCGUCGUGGAGUGUUCAGGUCCGGGGUUGACAAAGAGGGCGCAACGGCGAGAGAAGUCUUUAUCGGCUCGAAGCGACUGCCAGAUGAUCAUCCUGGCAGCAAGUACAAGUGGCAAGCUGGCCAGGAAGCACCCCCAUUCUUGGAUGAGGAGGGGGGGAAAUGA